ACCUGUCCUUUUGCCUAAUCUCUCUGUUCUGACUCAUUUUUUCUCUGUCCUUCGCCUUUUGGUCCCUCCAUUCUCACUUCCCUUUUCAUCACUUGUCUCUUUCUUCUUCACCUCUUCCCAUCUUUACUUUCUCAAUUACUCCUUUUUUGGGUCUUGCUUUUACACGUCAUCCUCAUCCUCAUCUCCUAUGUUUUGUUUGCCUUCCGGGUUUAUUCUUUCCUCACCACACAAUCCCCUAUUUUCGGUUCAAUUCCAUUCUUACUUUGUAUUUCCAAACACACCCCUUAUUAUUUGUUCUUUCGUUUUCAUCGUCACGCUCAUCUAACACGUUCUUAUUUGGAUGUCUCUGCUGAUGCUGUUUGUUACCGAGAUUGAAAAGGCCUAAUCUGAAUUGUUUUUGCGUCUCGUGUUGAACAUAGAUGUUAAUCGUUAUUGGGGAGCUCUGCAUUGAGAAUUGGUUCCACAUCUCAAUCCUUCUCCAACACUCUCAGAUUGUGCUGUGGUUCAAAGUUGGAUCUUGACUCAUAACAAAUGUGCAUGAGUUAUCUACAUUAAUUUUGAUCCCUUGUAAGUGACACACUACUAAUUGUCUGAAUGCUCCUCCAAUCAAAAGAAAAAUUGAUGCUUUGCAUGAGAGAGUGAUUCUGACAUGGAAAUGUUGUUUAAUUGUAAGCUGUCAAAGUUCAUGGGUGGUGGCACUCUGAAUUCCAUAGCUUGCAAAUGUGUAUUUCUGCUUGUUGCUGUUUUGGUCCUUAGAGCUUUGUUGCUUCCUUCUUCCCCUGUUUUUGGUGGGGUUGAAUGGAGCAACAUUGUAUAUAUCCGCAACAAAUCUCCAUCAUUUGGUUUUGGAGUUAGGCAAGAUAAGUUUUUGGAGGUUCCUCAGAUUGUGUGGGGAUUAAACAACCAGAAGAUUGCAUUUGCAAGGGCUUGCUUAACUGCCAGAAUGCUUAAUCGAACUCUAUUGAUGCCUAGCCUUAGUGCCUCCUUGUUUUACAAAGAAAUUGACCUCUUGCAACCCAUUUCCUUUGACAAGGUAUUCCAAUUUGACAAGUUUAAUGCACUGUGCAGUGGGUUUGUCCAACUGGGUCGCUAUUCUGAUCUCUUAAAUCGAACACAAGUGCUUGAAAUGCAGAAAGGAAGUGGUAGGAAGUGGACAGUGGAGAGGGAUUUGGAUCAAUUGAGACAGCAUAGCAGUGUCUCAUUUGAUGACCAUGAGGUGAUUCGGAUAGUUGGUAAAAACCCCUUCUUGUGGCAUGAUCAUUGGCCUGUGAAGGACUAUGCAAAGGUUUUUGAGUGCUUACUUUUGAUAGAUGAGAUUGCUCAAGAAGCAGAUAGAGUUGUGUCUAGGAUUAGAGCUGUUGGAAGUGAGGUAUUAGGCAACACUGAAUCAAUGGAAGUGCAGCAUGAGAAUGAUAGGUCUUCAUUUCAGCCUCUUCCAUAUGUUGCUGUCCACAUGAGGAUAGAAAUUGAUUGGAUGAUUCACUGUAAAAAGUUGGAGCAGAGAUUAAGCACAAAUCAAAUCUGUAGUAGCAAGAAAGAGAUAAUGGAAAGAGUUGGUAGCAUCAUAGGUCUGAAGACUCCGGUUGUUGUUUAUCUUGCAGUAGCUGAUAAACUCCUUAAAAAUUCUUCCGUACUAGAAGGUUGGGAAGAAGGUUUUCUACCUUUUGAGAAGAAGAAACUUGGUGUUGAUGGAAUUUAUAGCAAGUAUCCAUAUCUAAUUCAAUCUGCAAUUGAUUAUGAAGUGUGUUUGCGGGCUGAUAUCUUUGUGGGGAACAGUUUCUCUACAUUUUCAAGUCUUAUAGUUCUUGAAAGAACACAGAAGAUGAUCAGAAUGGGUGUCAACAACAUGUGUGGAACGGAUGUAAGAUGGCCUUCUUAUGCUUAUAACAUACCAGGAGAAUCAAAUGGCCCUAUGAGAUGGGUUACAAAUAUGUCUGAUUCAAGCCUUCAAGCAAUCAGCUAUGGCACUAAUCACAUUUCUUGUUGACAUUGCCUUAUACAAUUUUCUGCUGUGUCAACCAUUUCAUCUCUGGAUUUUGAUUGCCACACUUAAAUUUUAUUAUUUUUUUUAUGUAGAGAAUUCGACAGUGGAAUAUAGCUGUUUACAAUGAGCACUGUCACUACAGAUCCCGGUGAAGAGAGGGAUGGAGAUCCGCAAAUAAGGGAACGUAAAAGUUAAGAUGGUUUUGUAAAAGAGUUAUAUUUAUCUCAUUCAAUAUGAGAUAAAUCAAAUUCCUACACACACAUAAUAAAGGUAACAAACUUGAACCGUUGAUCACUUUUAGCAUAAUAUCAACGGCGAAAGGCAUUCAGAGGAUGAAUAUUCUUAACUUUCUACUUGAAUAUGGAAAAGGAAAACGUUGCCCCAAGCAAUAUUCUCAUUCCCAGCUAGGAGUGCAGUCCAAACACCACUGGACGCGAAUUCCUCGAGGCCAAUCCAUGAUUUGUAGGGCCACAAGAUGUUGACUCUUUGCUUUGUUUGUUGGGCUUGUGCCUA